AUGGUUCGAUCGAGGGGAAAGGGUGCAAUAACGGCUGGUGGUGGAUGUCGGAGUGGCAAAGGUGGCGACGGAUUGGUGACAGCGAGUGGGGCUGAGACGACGGCUGUGCUUGGUACGGUGGCUGCCGGAGUGACAAGGAUGCUCACCACAUUUCCACAUGAAGAAUGCAUAGAGAGCAAAGCUCGUUCAAGUACAUAUAAAUCAACUGCUUUGUCUUCUGGAAAGGUUGAUGUAAAGCUUAGACCAAAGUCAAUGAGUACCUGUGUAAUCCAAAUUCAAGGAAUACAUCUUUCACCAAGGGACCGUCGACAUAUUCAAAUGUUAAGAUAUACAACAAAGGAUCAACAGCAUAAAGCACCGGAGUGGGAACCCCAAGUCGCCUAG